AUGCCUAUGACGGACUUUGCGAGAUGCCGAGCUGCGUCGUAUGUCCGAAUGGAAGGCAAAGAGACUGCGUGGUAUCGGGAUGGCAAGUGUACUGCGAUCACCUGUCAACUAUGGGGGGCUGAGUACAUUGGCGGAACAGGAAGAGCACUAUGUACUUGGGUCAAAGAUCACCUAGAUGGGCUCAUAAAAUCAAGAUCGUCGACCCCUUUAGGUGCCCAUCACAGACGGGGCCAUGAAAACACCCAUUUCAACAUAGCAGUCACGUUCUUGGCACGCGAAUUCGACGUUCUGGAGCGGAAAGUAUUGGAAGCGUUCUACAUGGCAGCGAAAAGUCUAGCCAUGAAUCGUAAAGAAGAAUGCAUCGCUGUGACCAACGAGAUGACGUCGUAUUAA